GUUUGAAUCACAAAAGAAACCAGCCAAAGAUCGUCGUAUAGCAUUAGAAGAAAGUUUAAAAUGGCAUCAACUGUCGUUUGAUAUAGACUGUGAAAUGCACUGGAUUUCGGAGAAAGUUCCGAUUGCGUCAUCUGAAGAAACCGGCCGUUCUCUUACAGAAGCCACCAAUAUGCAGAAAAAACACGAACAGUUGGAGACAGAAGUAGCAUCACGAUUGCCUCAUAUCAAGCAAACACUAAAUCGUGGUAACAAUCUUAUCAUAGAGAAGCAUUAUGCCCAGGAACAAAUACGCAGAAAAUAUGAACAGCUUUCUGGUGCUUUGGCACAUUUGAAUAAUUUAAUGCGGAAGCGGAAAAAUUUGCUAGAUUGGGCGUUGAAAGAAGAACAAUACAUGUUUGAUGCAGCCGAGGUCGAUUCGUGGAUGAAUGAGAAGCGGGGAGCGUUAACAUCGGAAGAUUACGGUCAGGAUGAAGAUGCAGCGCAAAAGUUAUUGGCUAAGCAUAAAGCUUUACAAGCUGAUAUGGUUACAUACAUGCAAUGGCUUCAGAAAUUAGCAAUUCAGUGUAAAGAGCUGGAGAAUUCGAAUCGAUCAAACAAUGAACGGUUUGUGACGAGACAAACAGAACUGGAAAAAGAAUUCGAAACACUUUCAAAUUUGGCAGACGAAAGAAGGCAGCAACUUGAAAACGCCGUUUACUUAUACCAGUAUUUGCGAGAAAGCCAGGAUUUAGAAGCAUGGAUCAACGAACAGUUAUUGGUUGCAAUGAGCGAAGAUUACGGAAUCGAUUAUGAGCAUUUAAAAGAACUGCAGAGCCGUUUUGAAGAUUUUAAGCAAAGUGUCAAAACAGGCAGUGAAAGAUUUGUACAUUGUGAAUCAGCAGCGAAUGCAUUGCUGAGACGCAAUCCACCGUUUGCUCGUGACAUUUUAAAGCGACAAGAAAAGCUCAGGUCUGUCUGGUCCUUGCUGCUAGAUUAUAUUGAAAGUCGAGAUCAGAAAUUAGAAGCAGCGGAAGAGUUGCAUCGUUUCAAUCGUGAUGUAGCUGAGAAUCAAGAACGAAUAGCUGAGAAGCAAGCUUCAAUUCCUGCAGAACUUGGUAAAGACAUCAAGCAAGUUCAUUCCUUAUGGUUGAAGCAUGAAGCUUUUGAAAAUCAGCUUGGUGCUAUGGAGCAACAGCUGCGUGAUUUAUUGGAAGAAAGCGCACGCUUGAAGGCUACUUAUCCUGGUGGUAAUGCAGAACAUAUCACGGCACAACAAGCAGCUCUAGCUGAAGCUUGGCAGGAUUUGCAAGACGCAACCGUUUCACGUCGUGAUAUGCUGAAAGCUGCUUAUGAUUUCCAACGUUUUUACGUAAAUGUCCGUGAUUUGAUAGCAUGGACAGAAGUCAUUGUAAGGGAUAUGGAAAGUAAACAACCAGUUCAUGAUUUACAAAGUGUGGAAUGGUUGCAGAAGGAGCAUCUUCGCUUGCAGGCUGAAAUAGAGGCGCGUGAACCGGAUUUUGCACGAUUAACUAGUCGAGGAGAACAAAUGAUAGCGAAAGAUCAUUAUGCAAGUGCAGAAAUUGCAGCAAAAUUGAAGCAGGUUGAUCAAGCUUUACGACGAGUUCGAGAUGAAUGGGCCAUACGGCGCGAAUGGUUGUCGCAAGUACGUGAAUGGCAUGCAUUUCAACGAGAGGCAAAACAAACUCUGGGUACAGUCGCAGCUCGACAAGCAACACUUUGCUGUGCCCAGGUUGGAGGAACAAUGGAAGAAGUUGAAAAUCAAAUCAAAAAAGUGGAGACAUUUCAAAAGGCACUUGCAACUCUUGAUGAUCGCGUUACUGCUUUGCAAAAAACAGCAAAACAAUUGGUUGCUGCCAGACAUAUUGAAUCCUCGAAAAUCGACCAAUAUAUGAAACAGGUGGAAGCAGCUCUCACACAGCUUCGUGUACAGUUGAAUGUACGGAAAAGUAUUCUGGAUGAUGCAUUGAAUUUGGCUUGCUUCAAUAGUGAUAUGGUAGAGAUAGAAAGCUGGAUUGAUGAUAAACAGAAACGAAUAAAUGCUGAGAGUGAUAAACAAGCGAAAUUAACAAGUAUUGAAGAUAAAAUGAAACGCUUGCAAAAGCAUCAGGCAAUGGAAGCUGAAUUAUCAACAAAUGAGUCCCGAAUUCAGGAAAUUAGGACACGAGCAAGAACAUUAGCAUCUAAACCUACCAAUGAUGGGCAUGACAUUAACAAGAGAACUGGUGCCAUGCUUAAGAAAUGGGACGAACUAGUUGCUAUGUCACGUGACCAAAGUAAUGCAUUGGAAGAAGCUCGAGAUUUGCUCGAUUUCAAACAGCUUGUUGAAAGAGUUAUGCGCUGGAUAAAAGAACGAGAACUAUUAGUCAGUGCCGGUAAAAUGGGUCGUGAUAUGGAGCACUGCCAAGCGUUAUUAGAAAAAUUAGAUGGCACACAGGCGGAUGCAAGUGUCGACCAAACUUCCGUUGAAUCUGCGAAUUGUUUAGGUCAAAAGCUGAUUGCUCAGGGACGUUCUUCGAAAGACGAAGUGCAGCAACAACUUAAUGAACUAAAUGAAGCUUGGAGGCAGGUGCAGGUCAAAUUAAGUUUGUACCGCUCACAGCUCCGUUCAGCGCUCGAAGUCCACGCAUUCAACCGUGAUGUUGAGGAUACUUGUGAAAGGAUUCAAGAGAAGCUUACUGCUGUCACAAUUGAUGAUCUUGGGAAAGAUUUGCAUUCGGUCGAAGCAUUGAUACGCAAGCAGGAAGCAGUCGAAAGGGACAUGACUGCGCACGAUAUUGAGGCACAGAAACUUCUCGACAAGAAACCACCACUUUGCAAUACAGUUAUUGAAUCACUACAAAGACUGGAAACAUCAUGGAAACAAUUAGCUGAACGAGCGACAGCCAGAGGACAGGCGUUAAUGUCAUCUGGUGAAUUGCACAAAUUCCUUGAUGCAAUGCGGAAAGCUGAAAUUUGGGCAGUAGAUGCCCUCAGUCGACUGACAACUCAAGAAGCUCCACGUUCUGUAGCAGAUGCUGAUGCAUUUAUUGCGAGACAUGUUGAGAAGCUCGCGGAAAUUGAUGGGCGACAGCGUGAAAUGUCAGAAUUGCGGGAAUGGAGUACGAGGUUGAUUGCUAAACAGUCGGAUCAUAAAGGUGAAAUACAACGAUCCUUAAAACGGCUUCAAAAUGUAGAGCAUCAACUGCGUCAAGCAUGGGAGGCUCGGAAUGUUGCCUUAGCUCGAGCUCGGAAUCGUCAGUUAUUUGCUGAUCAGGCUGCUCGUGCUGAACAGUGGCUCGCAUCCAAAGAAGCAUUUCUAAAACAAGCAGAUAUGGGCGAGAGUGUUGUUGCUGUUGAUGUACUACUUAAGAAACAUUGUGAUUUCGAAAAAACCCUUAUUGCUCAGAGUGAUAAAAUCGAUGCUCUAAAGAAAGAUGCAGAUUCGUUAGCAUUGUGUGAUGCAGAUUACCGUGAUGAAAUUGAAAAAAUCCGCGACACAGUUCUCUCUCGACAUGUAGCGCUUAUGGAUUCAUGCAAACGACGUCAUGAAUUGCUGAAUGAAUCACGCAAAUUACAUGAAUUCAUCGAUAGCUGUGGUGAACUGAUGACAUGGAUCAAUGCAAACAUUCAGCUUGCAUAUGAUGAAAGUUUUUUGGACCAAACAAAUUUAAGAGCUAAAUUACAAAAGCAUUUGACGUUUGAUGCUGAAUUGGAAGCCAAUGAAGGUCGCGUAAAAUCGAUGGUUGAUGUUGGUAAUAAGCUUAUUAUUAGCAAACAUUAUGCAUCUGAUCGAAUUGCUUUACAAAUCGCUGAAGUAAGACGAGGAUGGGACGAGUUAAGAAGUAAAUCAGAAAUGAAAAAACGUCGGUUGUGGGAAGCGAACGAAGCAUAUCAGCUGAAUCGACGUAUUGAAGAUUUGGAGAAAUGGCUCGAAAGAGUGGAAAACGAUUUGUCAAGUGAGGAUCACGGGAAAGACUAUAUUUCUGUGGAAGCACUUAUCAAAAAGCAGGACGAUUUGGAGGCUGAAAUCAAAUCCAGAAAAGAUGCAGUCAAUGAAAUUAUCUCUAAAGCACAUGAGUUUCAAAAGCAGGGUUACGCAACUGCUAAUGAAUCGUUGGAGAUGGCAACAACUCUUGGAAUACGAUAUAAUGAGCUGAAAAAACCUUGCGCGAUUCGCCGGGAGAAUCUAAACGAUGCUUUGGCAUUUUAUGGAUGGAUAUCUGAAACGGAAGAGCAAACUGAAUGGUUAAGUGAUCGAAAACGGCAGACGAUAAGUACGGAUUACGGGGAUACGUUGCAUGCUGUACAGUUGCUCGUCAAGAAGCAUGCACAUCUUGAGGCUGAUAUUAAUGGCCGACGGGAAGCAAUAGCAAAGGUUGAGGAGAAAGGUCGCAAAAUGAUAAAAGACGGACAUUUUGCAUCGAACGCAAUACAGGAAGUCCUAGAUGAAUUGUCGAUGUUGGUUUUAUCUGUAAAACAAUUCAUAAAUGAAAGAUCACAAAAAUUGGGGGAUUCUUUACGAAGUCAGCAGUACUAUGCUGAAGCUAAUGAAGCUGAGCAGUGGAUGCGUGAACGCAUACCACUAGUGGCAAAUAACGAUAUGGGUAAAGAUCAGGCAGCUGCAGAGGGACAUUUGAGGCGACUGAAGACAUUAGAAAAUGAUAUAAACAAAUUCUCUGGUGAAAUAGAAAGGCUACGGAAGGAAGCGGAAUUAAUGCUUACUGGGAAACACUUUGAUUCCACAAAUCUUUCAUCAAAGCAAAGCAAGUUAGAAGAACUGUAUAAGCAGCUCAAUGAUGAUAUUAUAAGACGUAAGGUGCAACUGGUGGAUUCAGCAAGAUAUCAUGCAUUCGUUUGCCAAGUUGAUGGUCUUGAUCGAUGGCUUUCAGAGAAAUUAGAAAUUACUAAGCAGGAAAAUUAUGGUCGCGAUCUGGCUGAAUGUCAAAAAUUGGUAACCGAAUUCGAUCAAGUUGUGCGUGAAUUAGCUUCUGCUGGUGAAAGAAUUGCUGCAGUGAAAAGAACUCAGGAAGAACUGCUUCGUAGUGGUCAUCCAUUUGGUGUAUCUAUUAAAGCAAAGGAAACUGAUUUGCAGCAUCUUUGGUCUCGAGUUAACGAAGUAGCCAAUGAAAGGCAGCAAGCUUUGCAAGGGGCUAUUCAGGUUCACAAAUUUGAUCAAGAUGCUGAUGAAACUCUUGGUUGGUUGGAAGAAAAGGAAGCGCACCAAGUAGCACUUGAAGGUGAAGAUAUUUCGCGAGCUGAUCUUCCUGCCUUGAAACAGUUGAUGAAUAAAUAUGACGAAUUUAUGCGUGGCGUUAUGGCAGUUGAAAAGCAGGUCAACGAUUUAAGUCGUGAAGCAGAACGUUUGAUAUCAUUGUAUCCUGACACACAGGAACAUCUAGUAGUACGCAAGAUGGGAAUGGAAGAGCAACUUAAAGAUGUAAUCAGCACUGCUAAUAAAUAUUAUGAGAAGCUACAACAAAUGCGAAAUCUGCAAUCAUAUUUCCAAGAACAUCGUGACUUAAUUACGUGGAUUAAACGUUUACAACAUACUAUAACAAGUGAAACUCUUCCGAACGAUGUGGAGGGAUGCAAAGCAUUAAUGCUAAGACAUACGGAAUAUCAAGCUGAAAUUAAUGGACGACAACCUGCUGUUGAUGAAUUCAUUCGUAAGGGUAAUAAUAUGAUUGCUGCACAGCAUGUUUUGUCAUCCGAGAUAUUUGGCAAGAUUAAACAACUGGAAUCAGCCAUGGAUUUAUUGAAAGAUAUCUGGAAAGAGCGAUUGGUGUUAUAUGAAGAGAAUCUGGACUUGCAACAGUGGAAACGAGAUGCACAUAUCACGGACGCAUGGUUAACGGAGAAGGAAGGUAUGUUGAAAGAGGAUUGGAGAAAAGUAGAAGAUGUCGAUGAUGCCGAUAAUAAAAUAAGGAAUUUCGACGAUUUUCUGAUUACAUUAGAAGCUCAAGGUGAAAAGUUUGACUCUUUGAAAAGAUUAACUCUCCUCGAGAAGGCUUACUCGAAACAGCGUAAGAAGGAAUCUGAAAGAAUUCAAGAGGAGAAAGGAAAAAGUGAGUCACGGAAAGAAACUAUUAAAACAUUUGAAAAACAGAAUAAACUGCAAGAUCGUCGAAAAGAACGCGAAAGACGUAUGACUCAAGAAGUGUCAUUGAUGAAACCAAGUCCGUCAUACACUGAAGAAGUGUAUGCAUCACAUACUUUACCGCAUCCUCGACGUGGAACUGAACCUGUUCCAUGUAUUCGGACAUCCUCUUUCGAAUCAAAAGAAGCACCGACUAUUUCUUCGAAACAGACAGCUUUGAGCGAUGGUUCAUCAGUAGAAGCCGAAAGAAUGCUUACGUCUGGAUCUGUAUUAUCAAUUGAUGAAACUCUGACGACCCAAAGGAUAGGUUCAGCUCGAAAAACUCCGAAAUUUACUACAAGAAGGUCGAAUUCAUUGAAAAAAGUGAGAACACGAGAAGACUUUGGACCGAUUGAUAUGCACGGAUAUCUUGAUCGGAAGCAAGAUUUGCAAAGUGGUGGGAAAAAAGCAACGAUACGUACAUGGAAAAGAUAUUAUACAAUCCUCUGUGGACAGCUUCUGUGCUUCUUCAAAGAUGAAGAUUCUUUUUUGGAAAAUUCGGCAUCUUCUGCACCUGUUAAUAUCCUGAACGCAGAAUGUGAUGCUUGUCCUGAAUAUAUGAAAAAAAAGAAUACCUUUAGGCUGAAAAUACAGGAUGGAUCAGAGUAUCUGUUUGCGUGUAAUGACGAUGACAAAAUGCUGGAGUGGGUAUUAAAAAUAAGGUUUCAUGCAAAUUUGGCACCCGCUCAGCAACUUCGAAGCUUUGAUAAGGGUGAAAGCCCACCUAUGUAUUCACCGCCGCCACGACCUUUUGAAACUUUACGGCGGCACACUACCGAAUUAGUUUCAUCGGUGGAAAUUAAUUCGCUUUCGUCACAAUCCUACGAACACAGAUCAUACGAAAAGCCCGAUAUCAUAACUAAUAAUCAUUACAACGAAGGAGAAGUAAUGCUGGAGCUUCAAAAUCAGCCAUAUAAAUCGACAACAACAACAGUAACAUCGGUACAACGUGAAAACGGGUUCGGAAACCUUGAUGGCCCUGAAUUACAAUAUCUAUAUCGUGAUAACGAAAUGAACGGUAGACGGGUGUUGGAAUUGGAUUCGGAUUCCAUAGCGUCAUCGACAUCACGUCGAAACACUGGAAAUACGAAAGGUGCUGACAAUGAUUUUGUCGCCUGGGUGGAAAAACAUUCCGACUUGUCAUCAUCAGCAACUGUUGCAUCAUCUGCGACCACUGGAUUGUCCGACGAUACUGAUUCUGUUAAAAAGCGUAAAGCAUUUUCGUUCUUCAAGCGUAGUUCACGACAUAGGGAAAAUAGCAACAAGUGA